AUGUCGUGCGCUCUUCGAUCGACUCUGCGCCUCAGUAGCGCCGCGGGCGCUGCAUCAUCGGUAGUACGGUCUCCUCACUCGUGCCACAUUGGCACCUCUCUCUCCCCCAGGCAUUCCUUCAUCAAAUUCAAUCGGCGUGAUCCCAACCACGUCCAACACGCUCGAAGUCUAGCCAGCGAAGCUCGCUCUCCUGUCGCUCCUACAUUAGGUGGUCAUCCCUCGCACAAAGUAGUGAUCGUAGGCGGAGGCUCAGCUGGUCAGACGAUCCUACAUCAACUCUGGCGCACUGGUCUCUUCGCUCAGGGCGAACUUGCUCUUCUCGACGGUUCUGCUUGGCACCACUACCAACCUGGAUGGACAUUGGUUGGUGCAGGUCUCAAGACCAAAGAGGAACUGAGGCGUCCUCUGCCUGAGCUCUUGGACGACACAGGAGCGACAAGGUACGCCAGGAAUGUAGUGGAGUUCAAACCCAGUCAGAAUAGGGUCGUAUUGGAGGAUGGCAUCGAGGUUGCGUACGAGAACCUGGUUGUAUGCCCGGGUGUGGAUUGCAAGUGGGAGAAAGUCAGAGGUCUGCGCGAAGCGCUAGAAGAAAAGAGCGGGAAGGUGGUUUCAAACUACAGCUUUGUGAGUUCGCGUCCCGUCCCGCGUCUCAGGGAUAGGUUCCCUUGCUGACUUUCAUGAGAACCUACACUCAGGAAUCUGUUUCCAACGUCUUCCCAGCUAUCCAAUCCUUGCGAAGCGGUAACGCUAUAUUCACGCAGCCACUGGGGGUGGUCAAAUGUCCUGGUGCUCCUCAGAAGGCAAUGUGGCUUGCAGAAGACUACUGGCGCAAGGCUGGUCUCAGGUCCGACACGGGCACCUCAGCUAUCAAAGUGUCUUUUGCGACCGGCAAUCCGGUCAUCUUUGCUGUCCCAAAGUACGCUGCAGCGCUCAACGAGAUUCGAGAGUCACGCAACAUCGAGAUGCUGGCGCAACACAAUCUUCUUGAAGUGCACUCUAGCAACAAGGCUAGCUUUAGCGUGCCAUCCAAGGAAGGCGAGCCUCCGAGAUCAGCCACGCUCGAUUUCGACUUGCUGCACGCCACCCCUCCGCAAGGACCGUUGGAUGUAGUUGCCAAGUCGCCCUUAGCAGACCAGGCCGGCUUCGUCGAGGUGGAUGCAGCUACUACCAGGCAUACGCGCUUCCCAAACGUCUGGAGCGCAGGUGAUGCAAGCAGCUUGCCCACUUCCAAGACUGCUGCUGCCAUCACUGCCCAAGCUCCUGUGCUCGUUGCUAAUCUUGUCGGCGCCAUGAAGGGGGGCGAUGCCGCUUUGGCAACGUACGACGGCUACACAAGCUGCCCUUUGUUGACGGAGUACGGCAAGGUGAUGCUUGCGGAGUUCAAAUACGGGGGUCAAAUCAAAGAGACGUGAGUCACAAGACUGGUCAGCGCUGCAUUAACAGCUGCUUCAAGCCUGCAUCCAGGCUCACUUUACAAUGUGAAUUCGAUCUGUUACCCCACAGAUUCGGCAAUUUGUUUGGCAUAGACCAGGCAGAGCCUCGCAGGGCUUUUUACCACCUCAAGAAAGACUUUUUCCCUGCCGUCUACUAUGGGUCCAUGGUUCGAGGUACUUGGGCAGGCCCUAAAGGCUGGAAUUUUUCCAGUCCGCACGCAGCAAGUGCCACCACCACGCGAUCAUUGUCGACCUUUACCCAGCGACCGAGCAUAGCGCAGCAGUGCGAAGUCACUGUUUCGCGCGGCUUUGCGACGAGCUCAGCCAGGGCAAGAGACAUGCCUGCCCGUCGACCUCGGGACCCUCUGGCGAACAACCCUCACGCCAAGAGGCACCCUCUCAAAUCGGGCGAAACCUUCAUCGUUAGACCGCCUCCAACGCUUUCUUCGCCCGAGUCUGUCAUUUCGGACGACAGCACCAACGAAGGACCUUGGUUGCCUUCCGCAUCCGAGUCCAACGCUGCGCCUUCACACCUCCCACCAGCUUUACCUCCUCGUACGCGCUCUGCACAGGCAGCGCGAUCGGCCAAGUCCAAGUCGCUCACGGCAGAUGAGAUUAGCCUGAUCCGACAAUUGAGAGCGGAAGAUCCGAUCAAGUGGACGGGCAACCAGCUGGCAAAGAGGUUCGGGUGCUCUACCACUUUUAUCAGGAUCAUCGCUCCGGCUCCCAAAGAGGUCAGGCAGGUCAGAAAGGAACACGAGGAGGCGCGAAAGGAGAAUUGGGGGAUGAACAAGAGGUUGUCGGUUGAGGGCAGGAAAGCUAGAAGGGAGCUUUGGUGA